CUACUAUACCGAUACGACCCCAAUCGACAUCGUCAUAACAAACAAAUUGAAACUCCAUCAACCUCUAACAAAGUGUAUUGACAUCGUCAUCAGACUAUAUCAUCAACAACGUCUGGAGCACAGUAACGAACAACACACGAAAUGUUGUCGCUAAGGAUAUUAACAUCGUUAGUGCUUCUAUUAGCAAUCGGAGUCAUGUUUGUAGUUGGCCAAGAUGAUGCUCCACCACCAGCAGUAGCAGCAGCUGCAGAAGGUGAUGAUGAAAGUAUACCAGCCUCAGUUGAUGACGAUUCAAGUAAUAAUGCUGCUGCACCAAAUGAAAAUGAUUUUGACGAUAUACCACCGUCAGUGACGGCAUCCGUUGAAGAUGAUACAGAGAUUGUUUCCGCACCAGAAGCUGCACCAAUACCUCCAUCAGGACCAAUGGAGGACUGUGAUCCAGAAAUGAUUGGUUUUGAAAUCAUUACCGGCUAUGUAUUCUCAGCACCAGGCAAUCUUUUAGACUCAAUACCGGGUACCUUAAUGUUAACCGAUUGCUUAGAAACAUGCCAGGGUAAUGAUUCAUGCCAUGCUGUCAACUAUGAAACCGGUCUUUGUGUACUCUUCAGUGCGAAUGCAGAUGAUUUACCAGGUGCUUUAACACGAUCACAAUUCCCAGUAUUCACAAUCUACGCACAAAAAAGUUGUUUAGGAGUACGCCCAUGCGAGCGAGCAUGGUGUAUUGAUCGUGUACAGGGACAUCGUUUAAAUGGAUAUGCACAAUCAAAACAUACAGUUACCAGCCGUCAACAUUGUAUGGAAUUAUGUCUUGGUGAAUCUGAAUUUACUUGCAGAUCAGCAAAUUAUUUGAAUGCCACCGGAGAAUGUGAAUUAUCAGAGAUGGAUCGUUUAACUGUAGCCGGAUCAAAUGCAUUCCAAACUGCAAAUGGUUAUGAUUAUUUGGAAAAUAAUUGUGUAGAUGAGCCAACAAAAUUAUGUGAAUUCAAAAAAUUAAAUGGACGUAUUUUAAAAACAGUGGAUAGUGUUUACCAAGAAGUUGGAUCAAUUGAAGAAUGCCGUGAUUUAUGUUUGAAUUCCCCCUACAGAUGUCACUCAUACGAUUAUGGUGAUACUGGUGAUAUGGUUUGCCGUUUAAGUCAUCACUCACGAGCAACUCUUACUGAUAUCCAGGAUCCAUACUUAGAAGUUCCAGAAGCAUCCACAUAUGAAUUAAGUUCCUGUUACAACGUCAGUAUCGAUUGUACAUCCGGGGACAUGGUUGCACGUAUCCAAACUAGUAAACUAUUCAAUGGUAAAAUUUACGCCAAAGGUAGUCCCAACUCAUGUGUACAAGAUGUUAAAGGCAGUCUCAAAUUCGAAUUACAUAUGGCAUACGAUGAUCUUGAAUGUAAUGUACGUAAAAAUGGUUUGGGCCGUUACGUCAACGAUGUCGUAAUUCAACACCACGAUAAAAUCGUUACAAGCUCAGAUUUAGGACUUGCAGUAACAUGUCAAUAUGAUCUCACCAAUAAAACAGUAUCGAACGAAUUCGAUUUGGGUGUACAUGGCGAUAUUGAACCAUCUUUAACCGAAGAAGUUAUUGUAGAUUCACCGAAUGUAGCAAUGAAAAUUACCGAUCGUAGUGGUGGAGAUGUUAUGCCAUCCGCUGAAGUUGGUGAUCCCUUGGCUUUAAAGUUUGAAAUUUUAGAUCCAAACAGUCCAUAUGAAAUCUUUGUACGUGAAUUAGUUGCUAUGGAUGGUGUAGAUUCAAGUGAAAUUGUUUUAAUUGAUUCAGAUGGUUGUCCUACGGAUCAUUUUAUUAUGGGACCACUUUACAAAUCAAUCGAUUCAAACAAGAUUUUACUAUCACAUUUCGAUGCAUUCAAAUUCCCCAGCUCCGAAGUUGUCCAAUUCCGUGCGUUAGUAACACCAUGUAUGCCAUCAUGUGAACCUGUUCAAUGUAAUCAAGAAGAAUCCACCGGAGAAUUCCGUUCAGUAAUUUCAUACGGUAAACGGCGAAGACGUCGUUCAACCAACAAAAGCAAAGCCGAUACACAAGAAGAUUUACUUUUGGUGCAAUCAAUUCAUAUCACAGAUAAAUUUGGUUUUGAUCAUAAGAAGAAACAUAACAAUAUGACGUCAUCCACAAGCGAAACGAUAUUCAUGCAAACAUCAGCUAUCGAUAAUGUUGGAUGUGUAAAUGUAGCUGGAAUGAUUGUAGCAAUUACGCUAUUCUUAGUUGCACAAUUAGCGAUUAUUGUUGUAUGGACAUACAUUUGGCAACGUCGCCGAAAUUUAAAACAACAUUGUAUGAGCCAGGAUUCAAUGUCCGUUAGUGUUAGUUUACCAUCUGGUUUAAGUGUAGGACGUACAGAUAGUUUAUGUAAAUUGUAUGAUAAUACACCGGGAUACCAUCAUUCGCGACGUUUUUAAGCCGCGGAAAAUCGCAAUGCAUUUU